GCCUACGUGGGCACCAGCCCCCGCGCCUGCCCGCCCGCCCUGCGGUCCGGUCCCGGCGCCCGCGCAGAACCAGCUGUCUGAGCUGUCCGGGCGGCGGGGGAGCAGCGAGCGGGCUUCUGCGAGCCGGAGGAGGCACAGGCCUGUCCCGGGUCCCGGCAGGUCUGCGCGUCUGUUCCCAGGGCUCUGCGAGGCCUGAAAAGGAGCAGCAACCUGUCCAGAAUCCCCGCAGGACAGGAAAAGGAGGGGAAAUCUCGACAUGGAAAAACCCUACAAUAAAAAUGAAGGAAACCUGGAAAACGAGGGAAAGCCAGAAGAUGAAGUAGAGCCUGAUGAUGAAGGAAAGUCAGACGAGGAAGAAAAGCCAGACGUGGAGGGGAAGACAGAAUGCGAGGGAAAGAGAGAGGAUGAGGGAGAGCCAGGUGAUGAGGGACAACUGGAAGAUGAGGGGAGCCAGGAAAAGCAGGGCAAGUCCGAAGGUGAGGGCAAGCCACAAGGCGAGGACAAGCCAGCCUCCCAGGCAAAGCCAGAGAGCCAGCCGCGGGCCGCCGAAAAGCGCCCGGCUGAAGAUUAUGUGCCCCGGAAAGCAAAAAGAAAAACGGACAGGGGGACAGACGAUUCCCCCAAGGACUCUCAGGAGGACUUACAGGAAAGGCAUCUGAGCAGUGAGGAGAUGAUGAGAGAAUGUGGAGAUGUGUCAAGGGCUCAGGAGGAGCUAAGGAAAAAACAGAAAAUGGGCGGUUUUCAUUGGAUGCAAAGAGAUGUACAGGAUCCAUUUGCCCAAGGGGACAACGGGGUGUCAGGGGAGUGAGGGGUGGAGGUAGGGGCCAGAGGGGCUUACACGAUAUCCCAUACCUUUAAUGCCUUUGGCCUUCCAUUCUGACUUCUCUGAUGAGAAUAUUGCUGGCCCUGCUUUCCCUGGUAGGUAUUUGCCAGGCCCAAUGCUUUAACCUUAAGCUGAUACUUUGCUUUAGAUGUCAAUCUCGUUACCAGCAGCCUUUUGACCCAACUACAGUGCUCUAUAUUUUAGUAGAGGAUUUUCACCCAUGUGCAUGGAAAAGAUGUUCAUGGUACAUUGUAAAAAAAUAAAAAAUAAAAAUAAAAAAAAGUUUGCAGAACCGCA